UCGAGUUAUCUGCAAAACGUAAACAAACAAGCAAGCAGCCAAAAAUAACCUGUUGGGGAAGCUUGACAUUGCUCGUCCAUCGCGUUGUUGAUCAAAUUGCAUUACCAGGUCUCAUUUUGACGAAAUGGCAAGUAAGGCAAAGAAAGCAAAAACCGUUCUACCCGAAUGUCCGUACGGUGCGAAAUGCUACCGAAAAAAUCCACAACACCAUAAAGAUUUUUCUCACAAUUUACCAGGUUUAGACGACGCACCUAGUACUAGUAGUAGUACAGGUGAUGGAGUAGCCAGAUUGAGCACUUCACUCAGUUCGUCAGCUUUAACACCUUGCAAAUAUGGUGCAAAGUGUUACAGAAAAAAUUUGAUGCACUUUGCUGAGUUCUCACAUCCAACCAAAAAAGAUGAUGAUGGGUCAGAUCAUAGUGGCAGUGAUACAGAUGUCAUGGAAGAUGAUGAAGAUGAAAAGAAAGACGAGAAGAAAAAUGGUGAUAUAUUGAGUCGUGGUAUGUCCUUGGUCAAAAGUUAUUCGCAAAUGUCAGAAUCGGAAAGAAAAGAAUUAAUCAAAAAAGCUUUUGAAGCUAAGAAACAACUUCAGGAAGAACUGGAGGCGACCAAAAAAAAAGUUGUUGAGAAAGAAAAAGAAGUUGAAAAUCUUCAGUCCCAGGUAAAUACAGGACUGCUAUUAGUAGAAGGAGAAGAAGAAGCAUUAAAGGGAGAUAAGAUGAAAAUCUUUACAUUGGAAGCUGAGAGAGCAUAUAAAGAAGGAUCAGCUGCUCAGAUUCACUUUCGUUUAGCCGAGUCACAGUUUUAUCGCCUUUUGAGUGGAACAGCUUCAAGAAUAACUAAAGUAGAAUAUGUGGUUAAUCCAGAAUUAGUAAAACGUUUUAAAAAAGCCCGUGAGGAUCUGAAAAAGUCUAGAGGAGAGGAUUUCAGCUAUCCAGUUCUGGCAUUUCAUGGAACUCAAGAGAAGAAUAUUACACCUAUUUGUGAAAAAGGUUUCAAAUCCCCAGGUGAAUCAGGGUUUAAAAUGAGAACUGAUACUGGCUGGUAUGGUGCUGGAGUAUAUUUUAGUGAAUAUCCAGCUUAUUCUAUGGGUUAUAUUCAAGGUGCUACUAAAUUAUUAUUAUGUCAAGUAUUACCAGGAAAGGCAUUCCAGUGUACCAAACUAAUUCAUGGUUCUAAUCUCCAGAAGGGAUAUGAUUCUCACACAUCUCCGUGUAAAAAAGAAUUAGUCAUAUUUAAUAGUCAUCGUAUACUGCCUAGUUAUAUUGUUCAUUAUGCAAAUUCUUCUCAUGGAGCAGACUUUAAAUACACUUCAACAGGUGAUUCUGAUAUAACAGUUGACGAAAAAUUUAAAAAGGCUCAGUUAGCUCCAAGUUCAAACAUAUUUAAAGGUGAGAAGAUUAUUUUCUCUGGCAAGUUUUCUUGCAAACAGGCGGAUAUGUUGAAAUUGGUACAAAACCAUGGGGCAGCAGGAAAAGCCACACUGUCUAAUUUUACCAUGCUGGUUACAACAAAGGAUGAACUUGAAAAUUAUACCAAAAAAGUAGAAGAGGCAAUAGAAAAUGACGUGGAUCUAUUAUCAGAAGAAUAUAUUUAUGACUGUAUAUUAAAGAAAAAAAUUGUAGAAGUAGAGGAUCAUCACUACAUAGAAUAAAUAAAGUACCACUUUCAUAUAUUAUCUAAAAUGUUUUUAUCAAAUUUAUUGAAUUGGACAGACUGAAGCUUUUUGUUUUCUAUAUGAUAGUCCUAUAGAAGCAUCCAAUAUUAUAGUUAUUUUACAUAAAAGAUAUGCAAGUAUCAUAUUUGAUAUGUUAGGUUUAGGACGUGGAAGUACCAAAUCUGAUAUGGUUAUAUUACAUGAGAUGUGUUACUUUUCAUUUGUAUCUUAAAAAUAAACUUUUUGUUACUUUUCAUUUGUUAUGAGAAUCUAAAAUAUAUUUUUACUGCUGUGAAUGAUGCUUGGAUGCUCAGUGUCUCUUUUAUGGUAAAUUAUAUGAGUUUGGUUUUGUUAUUGUUAUAAGACAAGGAUAACUAUAGGAACCAGACACUAUAUUUGACCUAAAAAUGACAGGACAUGUCCGAAAACUGUCUUAAAUGUCAAGCGAGGUUAUCAUGAUUCAGGAUGACAAUACUGGAUGCAUGACCACAAGGGAUAUCAUUUAUCUAAACGCAAUAUCCUCUACAGCAUUAGAAAGUUGGCGUUAGAAACAGGAUAGAUUUGUGAUUAAGAAUAAGGGGCAUAUUACACAAAAUAUUUAUCGGCAUUUUAUUAUUUUACUAUUGUAUAUAGUUUUGAUAUGUCAUAGUAGCAUUUAUAUCGCAUUUUUAUUUUCAUGUGGUUUUUUUUUAUUCAUCGUUUAAAAAUGUACAUAAUAUACAGAUGCCAUUUUACUCACAUGUGCUAGUAACAUUUAUUCAAAAAAAGAGAAUUUCUAAUAAAUUUUUCAUUGGUUGUUACUCUUGAUCAGUUUUUAGUGUCUCGGAAAUACUCCUGUUUACUACAAAAGAUUAAAUAUUUGACAACUUUAAUGGACAUGAUUUUAAUAUUAUUAUAUAUCAUUAAAGUAAUAUGAUAUUAAUUUUAUUUUAUUAUUAGUAAAAGUAACAUGAUUUAAAUAUUAUUUUGUUAUUAUUUCAUAAAAAUAACAUAUGUAUGUAUUUGUCAGAACAUUUUGAAAAGGGAGAAGAAUUUUCCUGUUAUUGUUUGUGACUGUUGAGUUUCUUUAUAAUUUUAUUAUUUGUACCUUUUUUUUUUCUUCUUUUUUUUUCAUAAAAUUCCUGAAAAAGAGAUUGGUGAAACCAUUCUUUGUAUACAUUUUGUAAUUGUUUAUAUGUAAUUCAUUUACAUGCAUAUAUUUAUAUAUAAUGGUUGUGUUAGUCAGAAUAGUUCAAGGUAUACGAUUACCAUUUUUAUACCCCCAUGUUUUCAUGUGGAUGUAUUAUGUUGUUGCCCCUGUCCAUCCAUGAGUGUGCGAUCAUAUUUGUUUGUGGAUUUUCUGCUGGUCACAAUUUUUAUCUGAUUCUGAUGUUUGUAUCUAAUAGAUCUUACAAUAUAGGUUUACAUUUGAUGAGUACGAUUUUGGCAGAUCCUUGACUAUUGCCUCUGAUUGCAUAAAAAUCCCAUUUUUAGAGGUCACAAUUUUUAUUCAAAUUUAUAUGCAGUUGAAACAUAUUUGAAUUACACAAUGAGAUUGAAUUGAGUUACCCUCUUUUCCGAAAACCCUCUGAACGCAAUAGAAGCAAUACAGAUUUAACAGAGUUUUUCCUAAUUUGAUUUGAAGCAUUUGAACAAUGAAAUAAAAUCUAAUGGGGUUUAACGUCUUACUCAUUUGGACAAUAAGUGGAUGAGCCCUAUUGAUUUUGCCUGAUAUCUGUCCAUCUAUUGCAAACUGUGGGCGUAUCUUGCAUGGCAACUGCUUGUUAAGCAUCUUAGUGAUUUAUAUAUUUACCGGGUAUCGGUAGUGUUAGAAUUGUUUACGUGAUUCAAUUAACAUUUAUAAGCAUCUUUAGUGAGUUAGACAGAAUUGUUUAUGUAGUGAUGUGAUUGAGGAUUAUGUGUUAUAUCAUAUAUUUUAUGUUAUAAAUAUUCACCCAGUCAAUUACUGAAUUAAGUAACAGCAAAACCAGAUCAUUAGGAAGUGUGUGGUACAUAACUUUGCCUUUUUAAAAAGAAUAUAAAAUAUUUGAAUGGUUGUCAGAUACGUCAGUGUUAUAACAUAGUUGUGUUUUAAAAAUCGUAAAUAUGAUUGUAAAUUUACAUGCGCAACCAAAUCUUGAUAUAAUUUGCAUGACGUAAAAAUCAACGAUAACCACAACAACUGUUGACUGGCCAAUGAAAGAAGCAGUCGUUUUCAACUGCUAGAAGUCAUUUUUAACCAUCAGUUGUUCCAGACACUCAGUGACAAAGGACUGGAUUAACAGAGUCUUGUAACAGACCCUCACUGACAAAGCUAGAGGACUUGAAUAACAAAGUCUUGUUUUGAGAUUUUAGUCUUGUAGUCAUCAUAUAAAGUUUUUACCAUGCACGUGUAUAAUGUUAAACAUAUAUAUAAAUCAUUUUUUACA